UUUGGUUCCUCUCCUCUCUCUCUCAAAAACACACGCUCCCUCUCUUCCUCAAGUCCCACUGUCCCAGCCGCCCAGCACCAGCAGCCCAGCACCCAGCACAGCAACCACCCGCGGCCACCACACACGCUCCCUCUCUUCCUCACGCCGCCGCGCCACCGCCCAUCAACCACGCCUUCGCACUCAGAACAUGCCCUCUUCCCGGAAUCACACAAAUCCUCCUUCUACUUCACCCUCCAUGGAAAACCCCUUCCCGACGAUACCCCUCUCUCGAUCCCCCAAAUCACCCCUCUCUCCACCCUCGUUCUUCAAUCCCGCCUCCGCGGCGGCGGAGGCGAUGGCGGCGCAACGGGCGCCGAGUUCCGCGACUGCUACCUGAAGAUGUACUCGGAGAAGAAGCCGGACAAGGUGGACCCCAACGAGCAGAGGCUGUCAAAGUGGCAGAACUGCGCGCUCUCGAACGAGCCCUUGAGGGAACCCUGCGUGAUCGACAAGCUUGGGAAUAUCUUCAACAAGGAAGCGUUGGUGGAGGCUUUGCUCGGGAAGAAGCUACCCAAGGAGUUUGGGUAUAUCAAGGGUUUGAAGGAUAUGAUCAUGGUUCGGCUUUCUUCGAUUCCUAGAGCUGAAGAUGGGGCUAAGUUUCAGUGUCCUAUUUCAGGGCUUGAAUUGAAUGGGAAGUAUAGGUUUUACGCGUUGAGGAAUUGUGGGCAUGUUCUGAGUGCGAAGGCGUUGAAGGAGGUUCGGUCGUCGAGUUGUUUGGUUUGCCAUGAGGAUUAUGGGGAGGAGGAUAAGGUUGUGAUUAAUGGGAAUGAAGAUGAGGUUGCUGCUUUGAGGGAGAGGAUGGAGAUGGAGAAGACCAGGUUGUGA